UCAUAGACUCACAAAAACUCAUGAUUCCCAAACAAAAGCUUUUCGUUUAUUCCGUUAACGCCCCUCAAACGGACCUAUCGAAGCAUCCGUCACCUCCCAAUGACUUCACUUCCCAGUACCCCACCGCACUCGCCCUUGCAAAGCUUGCUGCUAGCGGUGUCACAGCAGAUACAGAACAGCAUGGAAGGUGACAGUUACUAAAGUCAUAGUUGGGGCAAUGAAACAGAAAAUAAUGUCACAGACAGUGCCUCCGGGAUCUGAAAACGUUAGCGACACGAAAGUGUUCAACUUUCAAAAGUUUUAUAUUCAAAACCUGGACACACUUUGAACAUUGACGUGACAGAUCGCUGUUUAGCUAGCUCGCUAACCCUGCUAGCUAAGUUAUUUUGGUGUGCAGAAUCAAUUCGAUAGCCAUCGCUAAACUCAAGGACGGCGUAGGGUGGAGACAGGCUGCCAACUGAAUAUUUAAAGAAAACGUCUAAAUUAAUUUAAAAAAACAAGGAAACCCGGAAGGAUCCACAGGGGGUGCUAGGAUAUCGACAAGUUUCAGGUAGUUGGCGUUGCCGCCUCCCGGUGGCCGGUGUGUAUGAGUGUGGGCAGCGGCUGGUGAGCGUCGUAGUCCACGGGGAUGGGGAAUGGAGUCCAGCAACACCAGGCAACACCACUCACACAAGGAGAGGUGCUGCCACUGCCCUCCGACAGCCAGGCAGAGGGUCUAAAGCCCCAGACACGGUCCGUGGUUAACUCUCUCCUCUCAGGGGCCUUAGCUGGAGCCUUGGCCAAAACCGCUGUGGCCCCGCUGGACAGAACCAAGAUAAUCUUCCAAGUGUCCUCAGCAAGAUUCUCUGCCAAGGAGGCGUAUAGGUUGAUCUAUCGGACCUACCUGAAGGAUGGCUUCCUCAGCCUGUGGAGGGGCAACUCUGCCACCAUGGUGCGGGUCAUCCCCUACGCUGCCAUCCAGUUCUGUGCUCACGAGCAGUACAAGAGACUACUGGGUGGAUACUUCGGCUUCCAGGGAAAAGCCCUGCCGCCGGUGCCAAGGUUACUGGCGGGUUCUAUGGCUGGUACCACAGCUGCCAUGCUCACCUACCCUCUGGACAUGGUGCGAGCCAGGAUGGCUGUCACGCCCAAGGAGAUGUACAGUAACAUAAUCCAUGUGUUUGUGCGUAUCUCUCGUGAGGAGGGUUUGAAGACACUGUAUCGUGGUUUCACCCCCACCAUACUGGGUGUGGUGCCCUACGCUGGACUCAGCUUCUUCACCUACGAGACUCUCAAGAAAAUGCAUGCAGAGCGGAGCGGUCGCCCCCAGCCCUACUCGUACGAGAGGUUGGUGUUCGGGGCAUGCGCAGGUCUCCUGGGCCAAUCGGCCUCCUACCCGCUGGAUGUGGUACGGCGGCGCAUGCAGACGGCGGGCGUGACUGGGCACACCUACGGCACCAUCCUGGGUACCAUGCGGGACAUCGUGGCGGAGGAGGGCGUGGUGCGUGGACUCUACAAGGGCCUCAGUAUGAACUGGGUCAAAGGGCCCAUCGCUGUGGGCAUCAGCUUCACCACCUUUGACAUGACACAGAUCCUUCUGAAGAAGUUGUACCAGCUGAGGUAUAAUAACAGGUAACCAAUAAGGAGACACUGGUGGAGGGAUGGAGAAGGCAACGGCGAGGGGAAUGAGGACCAUAGAUAAUAGCAGGACAGUCGCUCUAUGAGAACCUCGGCACAAACGACGUGAAGGCUAGGAUGAGAAAACAAACAUUGUCGCUUUCUAGGAUCAAGGCAUAACGGAUUGGGGAAUGUGUGAUUGAGUGAUCCAGGUCAGCACAGUGGACACACACAGUGUGUGAAAUGAAUGUCUUCAUCUUUGUGUAUGUACAUGGAGGCAUGAAGUCUCAUAAGAGGUACAUUUGGUGGGUCAUAAUAUACACACAGGUGCAAUAUGUUCAGUUAUUUCAUGUGUGUAAUAUUCACACAAAAUACACAAGUGUGUGUGUGUGUGUGUGUGUGUGUGUGUGUGUGUGUGUGUGUGUGUGUGUGUGAGUGACACAACGCACACCUUCCGGGUGUCUCCCUUGCCUUGCGUCCCUACUUGAAUAGGGGACCUUCCAACAGUCUGGAUCAGAUGAGUUGUUCCUGUCUAUCUCCUUCCACAUGAGUUGGAUUUGACUUUUAUCAAACGACAAUGUGCCCCCAUGAGAUUUUGUUUUGUUUGGUUGAUGAUUUUUGUUUAAUGAGUUAUACCAAAGCAUAUACAAGACGGGCAUUGUAAUUAAUAAUAUGAUUUAUGACUAGAGAAGAUUGAUAUUAACAUCUCUUUUUUUUUGGUACAGUGAAGUUCUCACAAGAAAUAUACAUAUUGUACAAAACAUCCAUAACAGACUGAUCAGGUGGAUCCAGGUGAAGCUAUGAUCCCUUAUUGAUGUCACCUGUUAUUUACACUUCAAUCAGGGUAGAUGAAGGGGAGGAGACAGGUUAAAGAAUCAUUUUUAAGCCUUGAUACAAUUGAGACGUGGAUUGUGUA